CCGGCCCUCCACUGCCGAACCCGUGGAGCCCACUCGGCACCUCUGCGCGUGCGCUUCCGGGAGGUGCGGUGAGAGAGUGAGCCCGCUCGUAGGCCUAUCCGCGCGGCUCGGGGUUGACUGCGCACCGGCCGGCCGGGAGCCCGACAGUUCCGGUGUUCCUGGCAACUCGCAGCUUGGCUGGGCUGCGCACCCGCGGGCAACAUGUCACGGAGGCGGCACAGCUAUGAGAACGACGGUGGACAACCUCACAAACGGAGGAAGACUUCUGAUGCAAAUGAAACAGAAGAUCAUUUAGAAUCUUUAAUAUGCAAAGUGGGAGAAAAGAGUGCCUGCUCUUUGGAGAGCAAUCUAGAAGGCUUGGCUGGCGUUUUGGAAGCUGAUCUUCCUAACUACAAGAGCAAGAUCUUAAGGCUUCUUUGUACAGUUGCACGUCUGUUACCUGAGAAAUUGACAAUUUAUACAACAUUAGUUGGACUGCUGAAUGCCAGAAAUUACAACUUUGGUGGAGAAUUUGUAGAAGCUAUGAUUCGUCAACUUAAAGAAUCAUUGAAAGCAAACAACUAUAAUGAAGCUGUAUAUUUGGUCCGUUUUUUAUCUGAUCUUGUGAAUUGUCAUGUGAUUGCUGCCCCAUCUAUGGUUGCUAUGUUUGAGAAUUUUAUAAGUGUGACUCAGGAAGAAGAUGUGCCUCAGGUGCGACGGGAUUGGUAUGUGUAUGCGUUUCUGUCGUCUUUGCCCUGGGUUGGAAAGGAGUUGUAUGAAAAGAAAGAUGCAGAAAUGGACCGCAUCUUUUCUACUACUGAAAGCUAUCUUAAAAGACGCCAGAAAACUCAUGUGCCCAUGUUACAAGUAUGGACUGCAGAUAAACCACAUCCACAAGAAGAGUAUCUAGACUGCCUGUGGGCCCAGAUCCAGAAACUGAAGAAGGACCGGUGGCAGGAGCGGCACAUCUUGCGGCCUUACCUUGCCUUCGACAGCAUCCUCUGUGAAGCCCUGCAGCAUAAUCUGCCUCCUUUUACACCUCCGCCUCACACUGAAGACUCAGUGUACCCGAUGCCGAGGGUCAUCUUCAGAAUGUUUGACUACACGGAUGAUCCAGAGGGUCCUGUUAUGCCAGGGAGUCACUCAGUGGAGAGGUUUGUUAUAGAAGAGAAUCUUCAUUGCAUCAUAAAGUCCUACUGGAAGGAAAGGAAAACCUGUGCUGCACAGCUGGUGAGCUAUCCAGGGAAGAACAAGAUCCCCUUGAACUACCACAUAGUUGAGGUGAUCUUCGCAGAAUUGUUUCAGCUUCCAGCGCCCCCUCACAUUGAUGUGAUGUAUACCACACUGCUCAUCGAGCUGUGCAAACUUCAGCCGGGCUCUCUGCCUCAAGUUCUUGCACAGGCAACUGAAAUGCUAUACAUGCGUCUGGACACAAUGAGCACUACGUGUGUAGACAGGUUUAUUAAUUGGUUUUCUCAUCAUCUAAGUAACUUUCAGUUCCGUUGGAGCUGGGAAGAUUGGUCAGAUUGUCUUACUCAAGAUCCUGAAAGUCCCAAGCCAAAGUUUGUAAGAGAAGUUCUAGAAAAAUGUAUGAGGUUGUCUUACCACCAGCAUAUAUUAGAUAUUGUUCCUCCUACCUUCUCAGCUCUAUGUCCUGCAAACCCAGCCUGCAUUUACAAGUAUGGAGAUGAAAGUAGCAAUUCUCUUCCUGGACAUUCUGUGGCACUCUGUUUAUCUGUUGCUUUUAAAAGUAAGGCAACUAAUGCUGAAAUUUUCAGCAUUCUGAAAGAUGUACCAAAUCCUAACCAGGAUGAUGAUGACGAUGAAGGGUUCAGUUUUAACCCAUUGAAAAUAGAGGUCUUUGUGCAGACUCUGCUACACUUAGCAGCCAAAUCAUUCAGUCACUCCUUCAGUGCUCUUGCAAAGUUUCAUGAAGUCUUCAAAACCCUAGCAGAAAGUGACGAGGGAAAGUUGCAUGUGCUGAGAGUUAUGUUUGAGGUUUGGAGGAACCAUCCACAGAUGAUUGCUGUAUUGGUUGAUAAGAUGAUUCGUACGCAGAUUGUUGAUUGUGCUGCUGUAGCAAACUGGAUCUUCUCAUCGGAGCUGUCUCGUGACUUUACUAGGUUGUUUGUUUGGGAAAUCUUGCACUCUACAAUUCGUAAGAUGAACAAGCAUGUUCUGAAGAUCCAGAAAGAGCUAGAAGAAGCUAAAGAGAAACUGGCAAGGCAGCAUAAACGACGAAGUGACGAUGAUGAGCGAAGCAGUGACAGGAAGGAUGGGGCCCUUGAGGAGCAGAUAGAAAGACUGCAGGAGAAAGUGGAGUCUGCCCAGAGCGAGCAGAAGAACCUGUUCCUCGUCAUAUUUCAGCGGUUUAUCAUGAUCUUGACUGAGCACUUGGUACGCUGUGAAACUGAUGGAACCAGUAUAUUAACACCGUGGUAUAAGAACUGUAUAGAGAGGCUUCAGCAAAUCUUCCUACAGCAUCACCAGAUAAUCCAGCAGUACAUGGUGACCCUGGAGAACCUGCUCUUCACUGCCGAGUUGGACCCUCACAUCCUGGCCGUCUUCCAGCAGUUCUGUGCUCUGCAGGCCUAAUGCUCAUAUUGUUCCCUCAUGUCGAGAUUUUUUUUUUAAUACCUUAAAAUAAUUUGUCUUAUUUUUGAUGGUUUGAAUGUUUCCAUUCAUUUCUUACGGGAAAUGAAGUUGAGGGAGGACAGUGAGGAGUAGGGCAUUACCCUAAUUGCCCCUAAAGGGCAAAUGUUUCCUGGUGACUGGGAUAAUGUAGUGUCUGACAUAGGUGACAGACACUUUUUGUAAUGAAUUUGAUACCUUUUCUCCUUAAGGCACAGACAAGACAGUAGAUCUGAGGCAUGUGAAUCACAAGGUCAAGCUUACAAAGUAGUAGAUAGAACUAAGAAAGGUUAUUACCAGGUAGCCAAACUUUUCACUGCUCCUGGAUAACCAAACGUUGCUGAAAUAAAACUAAAACUAUGUUUUUUAAACUUUGGUAUUUCAUGAUUUAUCACCUUAGUCUUUUAUAAAGUUGUUGGUUUCUUACUGAAAGUAUACUUAACCUCCAUUUGAAAUUUUCUCUUGAAAGUGUUAAGUAGUAUCUUAUGCUACUUAUUAGUAUAGAAAAUUGUUACUAUUUCCCAAAUUUGUAUAAAUCACCUGAGAAUCUUAAAACUUUAAACUGUGAUGAGUUAGAGUGUAGAUGUCAUUGGUUCUAAUGCCCUCAGGUGGUUCCAGGUUUGGCAUUGUCAGAAAACAUCAUUGUUUCCUGUAGCCUCAGGGAUCUAUCCAGGAUCCUCUAGUAAGUCACAUGCUGACAUGCAACUAGCAGAUAUAUUAACUGAAACUGUACUUGGAAUUAGGUGUGGAUUUGGGUUUUUUCCUCUGUAGAUCUUGGUUCAAAUUAAUUCCUGAGCCUGUCAAGGCUUAAAUGAGCAUUUUGUAAAAUAGUAUACAAGCAAUUAUCUGACAUUCCAAAUUUCUAGGAUUUUUUUUAACUUUUCAUUAAACCUUAGAAGAAAAAUUUACAAAUAAUCCUACUAUUACUAUUUUUGUGCAUUUGGUAUCUUUUACUUACUACAUUCUAGUAAGUAUACAUUAAGCUUGUCCGUGUUUGGAUAUAUGGUGUCUUUAUCAUACAUUUCAGUGGCUAUAGAAUAUAGUCUGCUCAAUACACAGGAACUCCUUGGGCUUUUAGAUACCAUAUCAUUUAAAUCAGGAAGUCGUUAAUCAGUAGAUCAAGCUUAUAUGACAGGUACUAGAGAAAGACAAAGCCUGGGUUCUCAGCUAAAUAUUCUCUUACAUUGUUCCUCCUACCCAUUAAACAUAGCACACACUAUGUAAUUAAAAUGGCUCCUGUCCUCAAGAAGGCCUGAGCCUUCAAUUGGCUCUGUAAUCCUUUCACAGUCCAUAGUGGAGUCUGGCUGGGUAUACUUGUCCCACAUGCUGGAAGUUUGUGCUUUCACUUUUUUCUCUUAAUUCUCCUUUCCUGUGUAAUGGUUGUUCCUAGAAUCUGUUCAUUAACGUGUCCCUGGUCCAUCCCAGU